AAAGAAUUUUUUUCGCCUUCUUUUUAAAGAAAAGAAAGAAAAAAGAAAGAAAAUAGGGAUCACACUUUUUUCCCCCAAUAAAAAUCUUUUCUUCUUUUUUUCAAAAAGAAUUUAACUUUUUUUUUUCUUUUUCACUUCUUUCUAAAUUCUUUCUCAGUCUCUUUCUUCAUCUCUUUCUAAACAGUUUUUUUUUCUAUUCUUUUUCUUAUUGUUAUAAUACCUGAUCUCCAAUAAGAGAGAAAGAGACACUAAGCAGCAUUCAAUGCAACUGCUUUUACCUUUCUUCCUCUUCAUCAUCAACAUCCUCUUCUUUUUCAUCUUCAACUUGAUCUUCUUCUCUACUCCUUCUCCUUUUACUUCUUCUCUUAUACUUCUCCACUCCACUGAUGGAUAAAGAAAGAAAAAUUUAUUUAUUUAAUUUAAAUAAUACAUCAUAAUUUUUUUUGUUCUUCUGUGUAAAAAUACCAUGAUCUUACUAAAAUUAAUACACUUAGUGAUAUUUACUCUCUCUACCAAUACUGUUGUUAAUUAGUAUCACAACAAUUACAAGUGAUACUUAUUUACACACCAAUACUAAAAGAAAGAAAUAAUUAAUAUUUAUAUACACAGUAUACAUUUUGGAUUAUCUUCUUCUUCUCUUCUACAUUCUAUUUCUAUCUUUUUUUUCCUUUUUUCUCUUUCCCUUUUUCCUUUUUCUCUUUUUUUCUCUUUUCCAUUUUUCUUUUCUGUUAAUCUGAUUCAAUCAUUGUGUUCCUUUGUAUUCUAUUGAUGAGUGAUCAACCUUACCCUCACCACCACCAUCACUCUACAGGCACCAGGAAUAGCCUGCACCAGCCGCCUCAACCUCCACCUCCACCAUUACAACCUCCACCAGCUCCACAGUUACCUUUGUUACCAGCAUUACCACCUCCACCAUCUCAUCAUCACCAGUAUCACCACCACUACCUUGGACAAGCCAAUUAUCAUCUUAAUCAUCACCUAAACAGUGGAAGUAUUAGCAGUAGUAGUAGUAAUAAUAAUCUUAGUGUAAAUAGUGGUUCCAAUUAUUAUCUCCAUAGCGUCCACCAUAACCAUCAUUCGGGACACCAUCAUCAUCAUCACCAUCAUUCAACCAGCUCUACUUCUCGGAAGUCUUCUUCCAAUUUAAUGUGUCCCGAGACUCUACUAGAUAUAUGUGCUAAAGUUGUUGCCAUUAAUUUACCAUUUCAAAGGAUAGAAGAAAGAUACCAGAGAAUACCUGAACCUGUACAGGCUCGAAUUAUUUAUUGGUCAUUUCCUCGAAAUGAGAGAGAUAUUUGUAUGUACUCAUCUCUAUCCAAUGAUAUUCUAAAUUCUACUACCAAUGGUGAUUCAACCAAAUUAUCUGAGAUACCCUUUUACCAAGGAGUUCGUCUAUAUGAGUCAGGCUCAGUGGAAAAUGUUUUACAAGUUGGCUUUCAUCUUUCUGGCGUGGUCACAGUCAAAUCUUCUCACUCAAGCUCGAGCUCUAGCUCAUCGUCCUCAAAUUAUUCACAAAGUGGUGGAUGCGAGAAACGUUAUCGUGUAUCAAUUACUUUUGAUAGGUGUAAGAUAACAUCAGUGACCUGUACAUGCGAUACUAAGGAUAUAUUCUGGUGUCAACAUGUUGUCGCAUUAACUUUAUAUCGUAUUAGGAAUCCAAAUCUUGUCAAGCUCAGAGUCCCAAUUUCUGAAACUUUGCUCCAAUUAGAUCGUCAACAAUUACAAAAAUUAAUACAAUAUUUAAUUUCUGAACAUCAUACGGAAAUAUUGCCUACUGCCCAAAGAUUAACUGAUGAGUUACUCCAAUCAAGUUCAAAUAUUAAUCUCAUUGCCGGAGCUCCUGAUCCUACCGCUGGAUCAUGUGCUGAUGAUGAACACUCUUGGCAUCUCGACGAGGAGCAAGUCUCUGAACUAGUUAAAUCAUAUCUGGCUCAACCUCCGCACUCACAAUUAGUUCAGAGUAACAAACAACUUAAUGCACUAUUUGCCAAAGUCAAAGAAAUGCUCAGGGCAAAAGACUCAAAUGCAGCUCGAAUGUUGCGGCUAAUGACGGAACAAUUUCUAGCUGACCCAAGGCUACCGGCUUGGAGGUUACAGGGCGUACCUGUAGCAGAAAAAUGUCGGCCUCUUUGGGAUCAACUUGGCUCUCUUUGGGUUUGUGUAGUAUUAAAUCCUCAUGCAAACAGUAGAGAAAGACAACAUUGGAAAAAUUUAUUGGAAAGAUGGUCUAAAUCUUCGGUUUGUCCAUUAGAAGAUGCACUGGUCCGAUCAGUUAGAAGAGGAAUUAAAAGACGAAUCUCAGUUCUAGAAGAAUCUUCAACAGAUGAUGAUGAUGAUGACAAUUUAAAUAAUUAUAAUGAAAGAUCAAGACGUGGUCAUGGAAAUAGUAAUAAUCUUCACAAUAAUUUACAUUCUCGUCAAUAUGGGAAUUCUUCAUCCUCUCAAUUACCUCGAACUAUUUUCCAUAGAGCUCUUGAAGCAAGUUUACUACUUUGGGAUGAUCCUCACCUCCGAUUUAUCCUUGACAAUAAGAGCAAUAUGCCUUUCGUUCCACCGCCAUCUUGUAGUAAUUCAGUAUUAUUCACAUCAAAAGGAUAUCCACUUUGGAAUGAACCAAUACCAACUGCGUGCGCUCGAGUUGAGGCUCUACGCUGUCACGGUUAUAGACAAGAGGCUUUACGUUUAGCUGUGGCAGUUGUUCGAACCAUGAGAAGACAACAAUUUGAGUGGCAAUGUAAAUGGCAACGUGAACAAGAUUUCGUAACAAAUGUUUGCUCCAAUUCCGAUGUUUGCCCGAAUCCAAUUCAUUGCAAUACUGAGGGAUGGCUUGGAAAUCCACUGGACCCGAUUGGUUCUCUGUUUGAUACUUUAGCUGAAGCUUCAUUAACUUUCGAGUCAAAGCCUCUUGAACAUUAUUAUCCUCCUUUUCUUGGCGAAUCUUCCUCCUCUUCCCAAACAUCAAAUGUAAAUAGUAGCCAUGUGCAAGAAGAACCUGCUGUACUCAAUGCUUUAAAUCCGAUCUUCAAUACUGAUAAACCACGUUAUCAACAUGUAGUAGUACCUGGAAGUCAGCAUAAUGAAACUUAUUUAAGCCUAGCAUUGGAAGUAGCUUUAAUUGCUUUGGGACAGCAGAGAUUGAUGCCCUCUGGAAGUCAUGCUCAGGAAAAAGCUUUUAGACAAGAGAAUCAGCUUAUCAUGAAGCUACAGGAUUUUGAUCUAGAUACUAAUUUGGUAGCUGUUUUACGGAAACAAGCCUUCCUUUUAUUAGAAGGUGGACCCUUUAGUGGGCUUGGCCGCGGAAUCCACCCAGAAAGCGUACCUAUGCAUAAUUUUGCUCGUUACCUGUUCACUGCUCUUUUACAAUAUGAUACUGAGCUUGCGUAUAAUGUUGGCUUAAGAGCUAUGAGGCUUCCUAUACUCGAAAAUAAUGAUGAUUCAAGUGAGCAAGGCGGAGCCAACCAUGGUAAUGGUAACGUUGUGCGUAGUCCAAGAUGGCAUAUGCUCAAUCAGAUCGAGUUUCAACAGCGAACACUUGCUGCGACAAUGUUAUGCGCUGCCAAAAGUGACUAUGGUCGUUUAGAGAUGGUUCUCAAAUCAGCACAGAAAAAUAUUCACAGCUAUGUUCACUUGUUCAAAUUGGCAGAGAGUGCCUUGAAUACAGCUAUUCCUAGUGAUGGAAGACCUCGUCAUGUAUUCCUCUUAAAAGCAGCUUACGAGUUAGGUUUACAAGUGUUGAGAAUGACUUUACAUUCCCUUACAUCACAAUCUAAUUCAACUAAUACAUAUAAACGUCGAGAAGUAGUUAAGUGGAUGGUUUUAUGUGCAACCGAAGUGGGUCUAGAUGCUUUAAUUACUAUAAUGCACAAAUGGUCAGAACUUUUUACCCCCAUGGAGGCUACAACUCAAGUUGCAAGUCCCAUAAUGUCACCAGGAACUGUGAUGAAAUUAGGACUUGACUAUAAUCAACAAGAUGAAUUAUCAUCUUGUGCAAGAAACUUGGCUUUGCAAUGUUCUCACAAAGACCCACCAAAUUGUGCUUUACCUUCUCUCCAUCUAUGCGAAAAUAAACCAUUUGAUUUUGAAAGUGCAUAUCAAAUAGUGUUACGGGCUGGAUCAUCUGGAAUCAUGAACUCUAAUCAACUUUUCCAUGUGGCAAAAUAUAUGGAAUCUCGAGGUUCUCCUCCUCGUGCCUACAAGUUAGCAUUAUUAGCAAUUAAAAGUGUCACUCUUUCCUACAAUGCCGAUAAUCAUCAGUCUAUCAGCGAUAUCCAUUGGGCAUUUAACCUUGCAAUGGGUUUAGGUAAAAAUGAGCUUGCUGGUUUAAUACCUAUUUUAGUGAAAAAUGUUCAAUGUGCACCCGUCCUUUCAGACAUUCUUCGCCGUUGUUCCCUCGGUCCACCCGGUUUGAGUGCUUGUGUUGACGGAAAACGUCGAUGUUUGAAGCCUUUACCAUUGGAUAGAACACCUUUACGUCAACUUCUAGAUGCAGCUAUAGCGGCCUAUGUGAACACAACGCAUUCAAGACUCACCCAUAUUAGUCCUCGUCAUUAUGGUGAUUUUAUUGAAUUUUUGAGCAAAGCUCGUGAAACUUUCAUCUUAGCUCCUGAUGGCAUGAUGCAAUUCCAUUCCUUAAUCGAUAACAUUAAAAUGGCUUACAAAGGGAAAAAGAAACUCAUGUUCCUGGUGAAAGAACGUUUUGGUUGAUAGUCAACCAUUUUAGUUCUUACUCUUUUUUGACUCAUCUAAAACCAAUUGCACAAUUUAAUUUGAUUAAUGAAAACUCAACAAUCAACCAACCAACAAUAACUUCACAAUUUUUUGCGGCUGCCCCCUUUCUCUCUCAAAUACACACACACACUCUCUCUCUCUCUCUUCUCCAACUCGAAAACAAAGUUCUAAUUUAUUAUUUAUAAAUUGUAAUCACAAAAUGGAUACAACCCAAACAAAAGCAAAGGACACGAAACAAUCAGUGAAAAAAGAGUAAAAGAAAAUGCUUACAUCGAUCGAAGGAUAAUCACAAUAAUACAACAUUCUUCGAAUUCGCCGUCAUCGUUCUUCUUUUUCUCUGCAUUUAAAAAGUAGUGUUGAAUCUGCGAUCUUUUUUCAAAUCUCUCUCUCUCUCUCUCUCUUUUCCCUACUGUUAACAAAAGAAGAAAUCAAAAGAAUUGUAAUAUUUUCUUUUGAUUCACACCACAUACUUGUUAACAGUGUAUGCAAAAUGCUUCCAAAUUGUACACAGUUAAAUAUCCUUAAGUUUCUUUUUUUUGGUUCGAUCUAAUCAAGCGUGCGUGUUUAUUUUUUGUCUCAUCCAUGCCUGGCAUGGAAACUAUGUGAGAGAUGCCAUCAAUCGGCAACUUUUUUUGCUCCUAAUCUCUUUACCUCUGCUUUUUCUUCCUUCUCUCUCUCUCCUUCUCUCUCUCUCUUCUCAUUUCUCCUCCUUUUCUAUUACUUUCUCUUUCGUCGUAAAAAGCUAGUACCAAACCUUUACCCUAAACAAAUUACGCCCAACAAACCUACAUAAAACUACAACUGAAACGAAAUGAUCUCUCCUCAACUCAAACUUUUCAUUGGUAUUUUUAUUUACUUUAUCUUUCUUUUUCUCUUCCUCUUCCUCACCAUCUCAAUCUUACAUUUAUUUAUGGUUUCAUCAUCUAUUUCCAUUUUUUGUCAUCUUUUCCUUUCUUCUUUUUUGCUUUCUCCUAGACUUCUAUCUUUUCUCUCUCCCUCUCUCUCUCUCUCCUCUUCACCAAAGAGUAAAUUAUGACUUUUUUCUCGAAGCGCAUUUUCUUGUCUGUUUGUAAAUUUCUCAAGAAAUACAAAUAACUUUUCACCAAUUUAUUUUCAUCUUUACCAUCAUCAUAUUCAUCUUCAUCUGCUCAUCUCUAUCUAUUUCUCUCCUCUCUCUCUCUGUCUCUCCAUUUCUUCAUUGGUAUCAAAACUCAACAUUUUCAUAAUUAUGGAAAUCAUCGUCAUCUUUCACCAUCAUCAUCUUCAUCAUCAUAAUCACCACAAUCCUCAUUGAACCGGAUAAAGGCUUCGCAAUUCAACCUUCUGUGUAAUCCAAUGUUUAAACCUGUGUAAUUACAUAUUAUUAUGGAAUCUAAAGAUUGGAUGGAAAAGAUUUUUUUGUGAAGGCAAAAAAAGAAAAAGCAUCUUUGAAGCACGCGCAGCGUGUCAAAUACUUUUUUCAAAGGAUAAAGAAAAGGGAGCUGGUCCUCUUCUAUAUAAUAUAAUGAUAAUAAUAAUAGUAAUAUUAAAGAUCCACAAAGCCUUCUCAUCCAUCCUGAGGAUUUAAAAAGUGCAAAAACUUAUCAAGAUCAAUAUGAGAAAAAGGAAAAGAAAAGAAGAGCAGCGGACUCUAUGUUGCUGUUAAUCUAAACUUCGAAUGGAAAGGAAAACAAUAACACUAGACCCAAGGAAUAGAAAGUCCAUUAAAAUCUACUUAAUAAUCAAUUGGACUAAUUUACAAAAGUUAACUAGUAACAACAAAUCGCUAAAACUAACAAAAAAAAUCUAAUAAUUGAAUCAUCAAGAGAAAAAGAAAUCGCCUUGUGUAACCCAUUCAAAGAAUGAAUCAAGGAAAGAUUCCUAUUCUAAGAGAAACUUAUACCGGUAUUAAUUUUCCCUAUUCGUCUAACCCACAAGACAUGGUGGACACACAAUCUUUAUGAUACAAAAUUUCCCGAAAAAAAACCUUGGGUUUCAACGAGAAAACAACCAGAACCAUGGAGUUUAUUUUGAUGAGAUACCAAAAAAGUGAAUAUAAGCAAGCUGGUUUAAUUAAAUUGUGUGUAUUUGCUGCAGCUGAUUUAAUUUUUAAUUUAUUAAUCACUAUAUCUCUCCCUCUCCUCUCUCUCUCUCUCUCUCUCAUGGUAUUAAACAAACACCACCAAUUUAGUAAUCAAAUGACCUUAACUUAUUAACCUUUUUCCUCUCCCUCAUAAAAACAUCACAAAACCUUAACCAAAAGCAAUCGAAAUCAAUCUCCAACGUAUUUAAACAACUCCAAACUACUUCAACGCAAACGUUUUCAUUACCAACAAUCAUCAUGAUGGAGAUUAAAUCAGCUAUAACAACAUGACAGCAAAUUUCUCACCAAUCAUCAACACACCAACAACUACCUUUUCUUGUCUCUCCAUCUCUCUCACACACACAAACACAAACACACCACACAUACAUUACUACAUAAACACAACCAACUCAUUCAUUUCGUUGUUUUGUAUAAAGCUACCUCAGUUUUUCUACAGUUUAUUAAAUCUAUCAAUGCAACGCGAACUAUUAUUUCCAAUGAAAGAAAAAAAAAUAAUAAAAAAAACCAAAUAAAUCUCAGAGAUGAUAAAACAAAAA